AUGGCAACAAGAUCUCAUGGACUUUACAACAAUCAAUAUGCUUCUAAUUAUAUGCAUAAAAAAGGAAUUCAUGAAUUAUUUGAAGCCAUCAUGACAGCGUUGGUGGUACAUAAACCUGAUGAUCAUAUUGCUUUUAUUCGUGAAUGUUUAGACAAGGUGCAAAACAAUUCAAAUCAUCUUCGAUGGGACCAUUUUGUGACAUGUUCGAGUAAUUUAAAAAGUGUCCUACCAUCAAAACCAGCAAAUACUAAAAAUCGACAAAUAUUAUUACCCCCUGUUCGAAGCUCAAACUCAAUAACACGAACAAGUCAUUCAACAACUCGUCAAACAUCAGUCAAAACACCACCCUUACCGCCGAUUGAUAAUAGCAAAAAAUCUUCAGAGAAUCUACCUAUUAUUCUUAUUCUUAGUUCACAUAGCUCAACAAAACUAUGCUCAAGAUUAAUCGAACGCUACGACAGAAUAACUUAUUUAUUGAUUAAUGAUAUUGCAAACAUCGAUGAAAAUUACCCCAUCGAUCUUAAAAAUCAUGAGUACAGAUAUGAUAGUGUUAAAAAUGCGAUCGACAAACGUCGUUCACAUACGAAUGGUUUCUUUAUAGCUGGUAAUGUUGAUGAAAUAAAUUUUCACGAGAAAUGGCAGGAGAAACUUCGACGUAUUGAUUUAAUAAUUGUGUUAUCGCCUGAUCGACAAGCAAUUUCUCAUUCAAAUACAAAUAUUAUUCAAAUCGAUUCAAAUAUUGAUUUCGGCAUAAUACUUGCAGAUGCCAUUCGCGCUCUGGAUGAAAUAUUUCCUCAUCACAUACAAGAGAAUCAACAUUCCCAUUCAAUUGCACCAACAGCAAAUCAGUUUACUUUACCAAUCAUAUUUUGUAUUGAUAUCCAUCGGUUAUUGAUUAAAGAAAAUCAUAUUAGUAAUAAUAGUGACAAUAAAGCUGUUCAACGUUUAUCAAUUAAUGAUGAGUUCGAUAUUAAUGAUGAAGAAAGCGAAGUUGAAAGUAAUAAUUCGUUUAUUUACACAUUAUGUGAACGUUUAGCUGAACAAUUUUCAUUUAAACAUAUUCAUGUUGGAGAUUAUAACAAUGUUAUACUUAAUUUUGAUGAAUUAAAAUCAACAAUUAUUGAAUCAAUGAGUACAUGUACUGGCUAUAUUAUUGAACAUUUUCCAACUUCAUUUGAUGAGCUUCAAAGAUUUCAAACCGAAAUUGGUCCUUGUUCAGCAUUAAUUUAUAUUGGUGACUAUCCAACUGAAAUAAAAUAUGGUGACUCCAAUAUUAUUGUUGAAACAUUUAAAAAAGAAAAUAAAGCUAUUUAUAUCGAUUGUCGGAUGGAAGUCGAUGAGAUUUAUGAAGACCUCAAGAAAGAUGUACUCGAGCGUAUUUGA